AACAAGGUCAAAGUUGUGUAGACACAGCAAUUACAAAAUCAAGAAGGGGGUGGAGUGAGAUAUCGGGGGCAUAAAAGCAUCAGUAGGUGGCCGCCACAGCACUGCUCUUCCAGAGGCAGGACAAACCGAAGAUGAGAGCCCUGGGAGCUGUCGUUGCCCUCCUGCUCUGCGGGCAGCUUUCUGUGGCGGACACUGGCAGUGAGGCCACAGAUCAUGGAGAGGUCAGCAUCCCGAAGCCCCCCGAGAUUGAAAAUGGCUACGUGGAGCACUUGGUUCACUACCACUGUAAGCCCCUCUACAGGCUGCGCACUGAAGGAGACGGAGUGUACACCUUGAACAGUGAGAAGCACUGGACAAACAAGGUCACUGGAGAGAAACUGCCUGAAUGUGAAGCAGUAUGCGGGAAGCCCAAGAACCCGGUGGACCAGGUGCAGCGCAUCAUGGGUGGAUCUGUGGACGCCAAAGGCAGCUUUCCCUGGCAGGCCAAGAUGGUCUCCCACCACAACCUCACCUCGGGGGCCACGCUGAUCAAUGAACAAUGGCUGUUGACCACAGCUAAAAAUCUCUUCCUGGGCCAUACGGAUGAUGCGAAAGCGAAAGACAUUGCCCCUACUUUAACACUCUAUGUGGGGAAAAAUCAGCGUGUGGAGAUUGAAAAGGUGGUUCUCCACCCCGACUACUCCAAUGUAGAUAUUGGGCUCAUCAAACUCAAGCAGAAGGUGCCCGUUGAUGAGAGGGUGAUGCCCAUCUGUCUACCUUCCAAAGAUUAUGCAGAAGUGGGGCGUAUAGGCUAUGUGUCUGGCUGGGGGCGAAAUUCCAACUUUAAUUUUACCGAGCUACUGAAGUAUGUCAUGCUGCCUGUGGCUGAUCAAGACAACUGUGUAAAGCACUACGAAGGCAGCACGGUGCCCGAAAAGAAGUCACCCAAGAGCCCCGUGGGGGUGCAGCCCAUACUGAACGAGCACACCUUCUGCGCCGGCUUGUCCAAGUUUCAGGAAGACACCUGUUAUGGGGACGCUGGCAGCGCCUUCGCUGUGCACGACCAGGAUGAGGACACCUGGUACGCGGCCGGAAUCUUGAGCUUUGAUAAGAGCUGUAGGGUGGCCGAAUACGGCGUGUACGUGAAGGUGCCCUCCAUUCUGGCCUGGGUUCAGGAAACUGUUGCUGGCAAUUAAUGCUGACUGGCUGGCAGCCCUUGCCCGAGGGCAAGAACUCACGCUGGGGGAGGGGGAAGUGGAUGGGAGCGGGGGAGUAAAACAUGGCGUGAAGCGGUGCUGAGUCAAUAAAGAGCUCUCUUUUGAGUCA